CUGCUGCCAGAGUUCGGCGGCUGGCAAGUAGCGAGCUGCACAACGAGUGACAGGCGGUGUAAACAGAAAGUGUCGCACGAGUCACACACGACGGGCGCGGGCGGAUUGCGCGCGGACACUGAGUGGCCGACCGCGGUCACGAUGGAGGGAAGAGGAGGAGGAGGCAAGGGGGGAGGAGGAACAGCGCGAACGCAGCGCUCGGCGCUUGUGAUAACUCAGCGCCUCAUUCAUUCGACCAGCGAAGACCGGGGAGCCGGAGCGCGGGAGUGUUCCACCGCACCAACACACGACGCACGCGCGCGCUGA